GGUUUCGUAUAAAAGCGCAUUCGGAUCUCAUGACGAUCACACUCGAAAUCUCAUCACGCUUCAUUGGACCGGGAGGUUCGAAACACACUCGCACUCGGCAAUAUGAAAUUCCUCAUCGCGUCUCUCGCCCUGGUCGCCGUAGUGACGGCCCAAUACCACCAGCAACCAGUGGCCAUCCUGAGGCAGGCGCAGGACAUCUCGCCCGAGGGAACCUACCACUACCAGUAUGAGACCGAGAACGGCAUCUCCGCGGCCGAAUCGGGCUCGCCGCAGCCUGUAGGACCCAAGGGUGAACCCGCAGUGGUCGCCCAAGGUCAAUACCAAUACACCGCUCCCGACGGCACUCCCAUCGCUGUCAGCUACGUCGCCGACGAGAACGGUUUCCGCGCUCAAGGCGCUCACCUGCCGGUCGCGCCCGCCGUACCUGAGCAGAUCCAGAGGGCCGUCGAGUACGUGCUGGCCCAUCCGCAACCCGAGUACCAGCAAUAAACCACGACGAUAACUAGCGAUA